AUGGAUGAUAAGAAGAUCCUGUUACUUAAUAGGUACCAACUCUCAAAGACCAUUGGAAAAGGAACAUAUUCCAAAGUGAAAGAAGCUUACAGUGCAGCUAUGCAAAAGAAGGUGGCCAUUAAAAUCAUUGCUAAAACUGAAGCCCCUACAGACUUCAUUCAGAAUUUUCUGCCACGAGAGCUACAUAUUGUGCGUUCUUUGCGUCACAAAAACAUCAUAGAAGUGUACAAGAUAAUCGAGUCAGUGGCUCAAAACAAGGUUUAUAUGAUUAUGGAGUUAGCAGAAGGGGGAGACAUCUUGGAUUAUAUUGGGCAGCAUGGAGCAUUUCCUGAAGCUCGAGCCCGAACCCUCUUCCAUCAGUUGGCAGAAGCUGUGGAUUAUCUGCAUGAUAAAGGAGUGACGCACAGGGACAUCAAAUGUGAAAAUGUAUUGUUGCAUCAUGGCACCCUCAAGCUGAGUGACUUUGGUUUUGCCAAGACGUUAUCUUCAUCCAAGAAUGAACUAAGCAACACCUUCUGUGGUAGUGCACCUUAUACAGCACCCGAGGUACUCCAGGCAAAACCUUAUGAUUGUUGGAAGAGUGACAUCUGGAGCAUGGGUGUAGUGCUCUAUGUAAUGAUUAGUGCACGGCUCCCUUUCAGCAAUACUAUCACUAAAAUUUUGGAGCAACAGCAGAAAGGUAUUACUCUACCUGCACAUAUCCACAUAUCUGAACAUUGUAAAGACCUGGUGAAAAAGCUACUGCAGCCAAACAUAGACUUACGACCAUCUAUUAAAGAAGUCACUGCACACCCAUGGCUCAACAUCCACUAA